AACAAACGGCACGCUGUUCUGUUUUGGUAAAAUAAGAAGCAUUAUUCCGUGAUCUCUGCAUAAGUAAGACCGAGUCGGAUCCAAAACCCUAAACCCUCUCACUCACACUCACAUUUUCAACCUUCACGAAGCUAUGAGCAAGGUGGGCUCAUCGCUGUUCAGUCGCCUCCAUGGAAUCUUCAAAGAGUCUUCGAUCGGCGCCGUCAAGUCCACUAAACCUAAACGCCAAAACAAACCCAGUAAAUUCCCUAGUAAAUUGAAGGCCUCCCCCUCAUCUUCCGCCUCCGUAGUAGACGGAGGGAAUGAGGCCAAGGGAUCGAAACUGACGAAGAAAGUAGAGAAGUUCAAGAAAUCCUGCGAGUCAGAGAGUUUCCGGCAAGUCCAUGGACUCUACAGUGCCUUUAUCCGCCGUCUCAGGGAAGCGAAGAAGUUCUCAACGAUCGACGAAGUUCUUCAGUACCAGAAGAAGUUCGAUGAUAUCAAGUCUGAAGAUUUCGUUAUCCGUAUGAUGCUUCUUUAUGGAUACUCUGGAAUGGCGGAGCAUGCGCACAAGUUGUUCGAUGAAAUGCCUGAGCUAAACUGUGAACGAACUGUCAAGUCGUUCAAUACCCUUUUAUCGGCUUAUGUUAAUUCGAGGAAGGUUGAUGAAGCCAUCAAGGCCUUCAAGCAGUUGCCAGAGAAGCUAGGUAUUACCCCUGAUUUGGUUACUUAUAAUACUAUGAUCAAAGCACUUUGCCGCAAAGGCUCUAUGGAUGAUAUAGUAUCCAUAUUUGAGGAGCUGGACAAGAAUGGGCUUGAGCCUGACCUGAUUACUUUCAACACACUGUUAGAAGAGUUCUAUAGGAGGGAUUUGUUUGUUGAAGGAGAUAGGAUUUGGGAUUUGAUGAAAUCCAAGAAUCUUGCUCCUAACAUCAGGACUUAUAACUCGAGGGUGAGAGGUCUAACUCGGAACAAGAAGUUCACUGAUGCAAUUAACUUGAUGGAUGUUAUGAAAACUGAAGGGAUCUUCCCAGAUGUUCAUACAUACAAUGCUUUCAUUACGGCUUACCGCAUUGAUAACAACCUAGAGGAGGUUAUGAAAUGGUACAAUGAGAUUAAGGAUCAGGGUCUGACUCCUGAUACAGUUACUUACUGUUUGUUAAUCCCCCUUCUCUGCAAGAAAGGUGAUCUAGAUAGAGCUGUUGAGAUAUCCGAAGAAGCCAUCAAACACAAGGUUCUGUCUCGCCCCAACAUGUACAGACCCGUGGUUGAGCGUUUGCUGGGUGUAGGCAAGCUUGAUAAAGCAACACAGCUAGUGAAGAAUGGCAAGUUACAGAGUUACUUUCGGUACCUACCAGACGUGUCAGCUGGUAAGAAGAAGACCACUUCCAGUCCGAUCUCUUCAAGUCCGGAGACCUCUUCGAGUUCGGUCUCUCUAAGUUCAGAGACCAUUCUGCUCUCUUUAAGUCUGGAGACUUCUUCAAGUCCGGACUCUUCGAGCUCAGUCUCUUCCAGCGCGGACACUUCGAGCUCUGUCUCUUCCAGCCUGGACUCUUCGAGUCUGUACUCUUCCAGCUCGGACUCUUUCAGCCCGGCCUCUUCAAGUCUGUACUCUUCCAGCUCGGACUCUUCGAGUGCGAACUCUUCCAGCUCAGUCUCUUCGUCUGGCUUGUUGGACGAUUAAAGAAUGCUUGUUCAUUGUUUAGCAACUGGAAUACGUUAUGAUGUUGACCUCCUAUCUUGUUAUCACUUGUUUAGAUUUUGGUAACCAGUGUUUUCACUUGCAAGGAAACAUGGCUAUAUUGGUCUGCUCUUGUGAUUUUUUUCAAAUUUUAUAUGUUCGGAACUUUGCUUUCCUUAUAUCUUGAGUAAAGUUUUAAAAUUUCAUAUUACAAAGAUUGGGUAUGCAUAUAUU